AUGCGUGCCGUUCUUGGUCUUCUCUUUUCGGUUGCUGCCACUAUGGCAGAGAAAUUCACCAAUCCUGUUGUUUGGGAAGAUCUUCCCGACAAUGAAGUCACCCGCGCUGGAGAUGCGUAUUUUAUGACCGCUUCAACGUUCCACUACUCUCCCGGUGCUCCUGUCCUUCGAUCAUAUGAUCUCGUCAACUGGGAGCAUAUUGGUCACUCUGUUCCCGUUCUUGACUGGUCCCCCAAAUACAGCCUUGAGAAUGGACAGCGAGCUUACGUCAAGGGAAUCUGGGCCUCUUCCCUCCGAUAUCGAGAGAGCGAUGGAAAGUUCUACUUUGUUGCUUGCAUUGAGUUCUCCAAGACCUAUGUCUACAGUGCUUCAAGCCCAACUGGGCCGUGGUCUCAGAUCGCAACCAUCAACAAGUGCUAUUACGAUGCUGGCCUUCACUUUGAUACAGAUAACACUCCCUACGUGGCUUACGGACGUGGUGACCUUCAUAUCGCUCAGCUUUCUAAGGACAUGAAGUCCGAGGUCAAGGAACAAGUUGUCCUCUCACCUCCAUCCACUCUUACCCUCGAGGGAUCGCGCUUGUACAAGAAAGACAACAACUGGUACAUCUUCUUAACCAGACCCGCAACAGGACAAUACAUCGCCAAGUCAAGCAACGGUCCCUUCGGAACUUACGAUCUUCGCAUCAUCGCCGAUAAUCUCAAACUCGCUGCUGCUCCUCGAUCCGGAGCACCUCACCAAGGUAGUCUUGUCGAAACACCCAGGGGCGACUGGUACUACAUGGCUUUCGUCGACAUGUACCCUGGCGGAAGAGCACCGGCUUUGGCACCUAUUACCUGGGGCAGCGAUGGUUUCCCCAAGAUCACCCUCGUCAAUGGUCAAUGGGGCGACUAUGACUACCCGCUUCCUAAGCGUACUGUUGCUAGCCCUAUUGGCACAGAUACCUUCCCUGGACCAAACCUUCGACAGGAUUGGGAGUGGAACCAUAAUCCUGAUACCAAGAGCUUUACUGUCAACAACGGCUUGACCUUGAAGACCGUCACUGUUACCAAGGACCUGUAUCAAGCUCGCAACACCCUCACUCACCGAAUCCGUGGCCCUCAAGGAACCGGUACAGUCCUCAUCGACUUCUCCAAGAUGGCCGACGGCGAUCGUACUGGUCUCAGCGUUCUCCGCGAUUCAUCAGCUUGGAUCGGCAUUGAGCGCGAAGGAAGCAACUUCAACCUCGUCUUCAACACAGGCCUGAGUAUGAACACCGACUGGACGACCAAGUCAACAGGCACUGUCUCAGCAAGACAAAACAACGUUUCUUUCCGCAAGGUGUAUCUUCGUGUCACCGCUGAUAUCCGCCCUGGUGCUGCUGGAUCUGCUGUGUUCAGUUAUAGUACCGAUGGUAACAGCUUUACUAACUUUGGGUCUACGGUCUCGCUUGGUAAUGAUUGGCAGUUCUUCCCUGGACAUCGAUAUGGUAUCCUUAACUAUGCUACGAAGAGCCUUGGUGGCUCUGUACUUGUUUCCCGUUUCGAUAACAAAUAA